AGUUCUCGUCGAACGGAUCGCCGCUGAAUAACUACGGACUUUUCCACUGCAACGGUAGAUGGCACUCACAAAUUGUGGCAAAUCACUCGCGUUCUACACUGCCUGCACGGCCCCAUCAUCGAAUCGUUCUCCGAGCUAAACCACUAAACGAUUGUAGAAAGUCCGCAUGGUUCGCUCAAGCUUGUAUUUUCCCCGUCAGUUAUAGUGAGACCCAGCGACGCGACGUGAGUCUUUGCGCGCGAACCGGUGAUUGCGGUGUUCAUCAGUCCGGAAUUGAACAAUCACUGAACGUCUAGGAGCUGCCGAGUGUCCGCCGUGCCUAUUAUAUACGGAGCAAAGGAACUGAUUACGAAAUUCUACUUUUUAUCAAAAUUGUUUGUGGCGAAGAAAACGUGUUUUUAUCUUCAUAUAUUGAUAAUAAAUAUCGCAGACCGUGAGUAGUGUAGGUCGUUUCGGCUUGGAACACAGGAACUGUUUUCUAUGUAAAAUUUUGCUGAUAAAUUUUAUCGCUUUCCGCCGCUAAGCUAGUUUAAACGUGUGUUUGAGAGUUUGUCGCAAACGUUCACUGCGAAUCUUGAUAACGUGUGCUCGUGGUAUCGGUGUGAUCCAGAGGACAUCCCCAAUUUUAUCCGACAAUGGCCGGUAAGGAAUAUUAUGACGGGAACGAUACGACGUAUGAUGUGGCUGGAGCUUCCUUCAAGUUACCAGUUGUUGUGUCACCACAAGCCAGUACACAGCAUAGCGAUAACAGUGGCAGCAGCACAAUCAGAGAGCGGCAGCAGAUUGAUCAUUCUACAAUCGAUAGUGGAUCGAGUACCUCGCAGGAGCGAUCGGAGGAAGUUAGUGAAAGUGCUAACCUUUCUAGUAAACAAACCGAUAGCGAGCCGGCAAGUGGUGUCGUGAGAGAUAAGCCCAGCGCGUUAUCAAUCCAAGUCGUGAACGGAGGUGUGGGUGGUAGUUCCCACACGAAUAGUUCUAUGAUUUACUCAACGAUAAGAUCCAGCGAGGAGCAUGUAAACACUCCAUCAGUGAUUACAUCCAGUUCCAAGCAGUUACAGGAGAGCGCACAGAAAUUCGAAUCAUUAGCAAAUUUAAGUGAACACUCGGCUUCUCCUCCGCGAUACUCAACACUCCAGUCCGUUAUUAGUCCUAAUUUGCACCAACAGGUGAGUUACUUCGGGUACGCUGGUCAAGAGUCCGCGUUCAACAGUUGGCCAUACGAUCUGUCCUACAAGGCAGCGGAGGUAGGACGACACUUGCAUCAACAAGAGCCGCAGUCUGGAAGCGACGAAUGCAAUUUGAACCAUCAUCACCAACACCAGCAAAGAGACGUUUACAGCGGUGACGAUCAUCAUUCGCACGAUCCGCAUAACCAGCAGCAGCAGCAGCAUUCGAGUUUAAAUUUGAACAUCAAUUCAAUUAGUAGUGAAUCGGCAGUCAUGAGGAGUAGUCUGUUGGCGAUGUGCCCGACUUAUCCCUCGUCGCUAACGCAACACGUUGGCGAAGAUUUACACCACCAUGCGGAACAUAUCCACCAGCAUAGUUCUGCAAUCGACGAAGUGAUAGCGGAUACCUUGAAGGAUGAAAAUUGCGUUAUUGUUGACCACUAUCUCACUCUUGGAGGCGCCAGUGUAGUGAUGGGCCACCACGGUGGAACCGGCAGUGCCGAUCUGCCAGAAGAUUCGCCCCAGCAUCAUCAUCAGCACGAGCUGCAUGACUUGAAAGACUACAAUGCGGCAAUUUAUCAUAACAACAACGACAAGGGUGUUAUCAACUUCAACCAUCAUCACCACCAUCAUCAGCAGCAGCAGCAACAGAACGCACACAACGGAAACAGCAGUGGUGGAGAGUCGCGUAGCCCCUCGGGAUAUUCGCACGAAGAACUGAACGGCAAUCUGACAAACCUAACUCAGUUGAUGAACGUUUCUCGCGCUAGUGAUACCGGUUCGUCGACAAGUGUGGCCGUAGUUUCGGGGACUAUGUACCAAUCACCUUCGCCGGUUCAUGACCAUGCGGCGGCCGCAAUGAUGCAGCACGGGACAAGCAUGUACGACACAUUGCAUGGCGCUGGUAUUCCCACCAGCCCAUCAUACAGCCGAUGCAGCUUUCCGUCGGCGGCAUCAAUGCAAUACUUUAACAGCAGCCCGACGCACGAUCCGACGCAUAUGUGGUCAACGGGAGUGACGGGCUUGACCGAAAAUGAGUACCUGAAAGGAGGCCUGCCCGGAUUCCAGCGUAUCGCCUCGAGUACCAAUGCCGCCCGUGCGAACCACUACAACUCGAUCUCGUCCACCUAUGGCCAACAGACUGAACCAUGGCACUACGAGGCCAGCGCGAUCGCAUACAGUGCCGCAACGUCAACCACAACCGGAAACGGUCGUCGAGGCUCAACCACUCUGACGCCAACAACAGCGUUUUCGGCCGCGGCUUCCUUGUCUGCAAUGGGCAUAGAAGCGGACUUGUAUACCGAGGGACGAGAAUGUGUCAAUUGCGGUGCGAUUCAGACUCCGCUCUGGCGUCGGGACGGAACAGGACACUAUUUGUGCAAUGCGUGUGGCCUCUAUCACAAGAUGAACGGAAUGAAUCGGCCAUUGGUCAAACCGCCCAGACGCUUGGUAAAAGAACCUAGCUCAGCGAGGCGCGUCGGACUGCAGUGCUCCAACUGUAACACCACGAACACCUCGCUUUGGAGACGCAACCAGGUUGGGGAGCCAGUCUGCAACGCCUGUGGACUGUACUACAAACUGCACAACGUCAAUCGCCCGUUGACGAUGAAGAAGGACAACAUCCAGCAACGCAAGCGCAAACCGAAAGGCAGCAAAAAUGCCGAUGGAACAACAUCGUCCAACUCCAAGAGUAGCAAUAGCAAUAACACUAACAAUAAUAGCAACGGAAAAAGGAAAAUGUUGGGGAUGACCACCAUCGCCAAGGGCAACGCGAUCGAUGAGCUCAAAUCACUGAAGGCUUCCGUUGGCCAGACGAGCAUCAUUCAAUCCACAUCGACACCGUCGAGCGUCGGCAGCAAUAUUUCCCCGGUCCAUCAGCCUUCCUCGCCAAUGCAUCACAAUCAGCUGUCGCCGAUUUCGUACUGUCAACAGGUGCCGUCGCCGAUAACCAGCACUCCUACCAGUUCGUUCAAAUACUGCUCCCAGAAGGAUGUCUUUAUGAUGCCACCCUUCGGUGCGUCACUAGCGAACGCCAAUGCGCUGGCCAACCAUCAGGUCGCAGCUCAGUUAAGCCCCAUGGGCUAUCAUCUGACGAACAAUGGGUCGUCCAACGGUGCUCUGUUGAGCCCCAAAUAUCACCAGACCCCAUCGGAGUCACCAAGCAGCAUUUACUACGAUAUGAUGUCGGGGGAUGUGAACGGCGUGGAUCAGCACGGUUCGGGGUCGAUUAUCAAGAUGGAGCCCAUGACGGGGCCUUAUUCCGUUUACCAACAAGCGCUCCAUCAGCAGGUGAUCCAGCAGCAUAAUCAACACCAGCAACAGCAACAGCAACAGCAGCAACAGCAGCAUCUACAUAAUCACAGCAGAAGUCCUUCGCUUUCCGAUGAAAACGAUCAAAGCCAUCAAUCACCGGAGAGUCUCGAGAGUAAGCAUAAUAUCACCCGCCCAACGGUGGUUUCCAUGUCCAGCUAAAAAUUUGCUGACGCUGUGAAAAAACAAAACAAAAAAAAGAUAUUCUUGAAUCUCAUGCUCAGAAGCCAAAUGCUGAAAAAAACAAACCAAAAAGACUAAUAAGAAUAGCUAAUCGUUGUUUUUCAUGUGAUGAUUCAACAUGACAAUCUAUUUGAAUAGAGAAAAUACGUUAGGAAGGGUAUGAUUCUGUAGAAUAGCUAGAAUAAGUACAUUUUUUUUAAAUAACUGCUAAAAACUUUAGUUAGAACACACGCUGUUUGACAGUUGACAGUACAAUGCAAAACUGUAAGCGCACCUUCAAGAUUUCACGGAAACGAGUGUGUCAUCUAAUCAGCUUGUUUUAGGAUACUAUCCUCGAGCGAAUUCCCGCCGUAACAUUUUCCAUCGAAAUUUGUUGUACAUAAAUUGUCUUUCUGUUGGCAGUGCGAGAGGAAUUCGAAACCAUAGGUAGUAAAGUGUUUUGUUUAAGAUUUAGACUAAGCCAAUUCAACUCGUUCAAUAAUUUUGUAAAAAACGGGGCUCUCUUAACUCAUAUGAAUACUUCGUAAACUUUCCAUUCACUGUAAGGUGGUUUCUGACCUAGCUCAUUGCUCCUAAUUUGAACGGAUUAGGGAAUGUGCCGGAGGAACCACGUUAAUUAACCUAAGCAAGAUGUACCAACUGUAAAUUGGUAUACCAUAUAUAGAAUUGUUAUUUCUGCGUUUUUUUUGUUAACAUUGAUAUAAACAUAUAAUAAAUCACUGUUUUGCAUUGCAGAA